AUGAGGAUAAUCAAUGAGCCAACUGCGGCGACUCUUGCAUAUGGACUUCAAAAGAGAGCUAAUUGUGUUGAAGAGAGAACUAUUUUCAUCUUUGAUCUUGGUGAAGGAACUUUUGAUGUGUCUCUCCUUUCAAUUAAGAAUAAUUCCUUUGAUGUCAAGGCCACUGCUGGUGACACUCGCCUCGGAGGAGAGGACUUUGAUAAUCGAAUGCUGAAUCACUUUGUGAAGGAGUUUAAGAGAAAGAACAAAGUUGACAUUAGUGGGAACUCAAAAGCCUUGAGGAGAUUGAGAACUGCCUGCGAGAGGGCAAAAAGAACACUUUCAUACGAUACUGAUGCAACGAUCGAUAUAGAUGUAAUAUGUGAGGGUAUUGACUUCUGUUCAUCAAUUACUCGGGCCAAGUUUGAGCAACUGAAUAUGGACCUCUUUGAAAAGUGUAUGGAAACAGUUGAAAGUUGUUUGCUUGAUUCAAAGAUGGACAAAAGUAGGGUUGAUGACAUUGUCCUUGUUGCUGUCCAAGCUGCUUUGUUGAGUGAAGGCAGUAAGAAUGUUCCAAAUUUGGUGCUGCAAGAUGUUAUCCCUUUGUCACUUGGUAUCAGAACGGAAGGAGAUAUUAUGAGUGUGAUGAUUCCUAGGAAUACUUGUGUACCAUUCAAGAAAACACAAGGUUAUGAAACAGCUUCAGAUAACCAAUCUUCAGUCUCAGUUAAGGUUUAUGAGGGUGAAAGAGUUAUUGCAACCGAGAACAACUUGCUUGGUUUGUUUAAUCUCAAGGUUCCACUUGCUCCUCGGGGACAUCCUUUCAAAGUAUGCUUUACUAUAGAUGCAGAUGGUAUAUUAAACGUCUCUGCAGAGGAAGAAACAAGUGGUAAUAAGAAAGAUAUUACAAUAACUAAUGAAAAUGGAAGAUUGUCAAGAGAAGAAAUUGAGAGAAUGAUCCAAGAAGCUGAGAAUUUCAAGGAUCAAGAUAUGAAGUUCAAAACGAAAGCUAAAGCCAUAAAUGCUUUGGACGAUUAUCUAUUUUAUUUAAUUAACCUCUAUUUAGUUUCCAUUAGUUUAAUUCUAAAACAAAAACAAUAA